UCAGCCUGCAGGAGGUAAUCGGCUGGAGUGGCUGCAGCUGUGUGGCCAUGGGAGGUGUCUGGUCUGACAGAGAUCCUGACAAAGAGCCAGAAAGUUUGCUGAAAAACACACCGGACUUUUACUCAGAGGGCUUGUAUUUGUAAAACCGAAAGAUGUGUUAUUUUUUGACGCCAAGCCAUUGAGUCACAUCACACCCGUAGCUUAGGUUACAUAAGAAGUGAAGUUAUUUUAAGCCAAACCAUGAUGUUUUUUCUAACCUUAACCAAGUAGUUUUGUUGCCUAAACCUAACUGCCACCGCGUCACGAUGUUAACCACGCGCUAACCACCUGCAUCAAGAUACUACGCAAAAAGGCCCGGCCCAAGAGGCAAAAUAUGACGAGUAGGGAUGAGACCACAUUGCAGCUACAUAAACAAGACAAGGUGUCUAUGUAACUAAUUUGGUGUUUUUUAGAAGUACUUUUGAUGGAGCCUGACUAGCUUCUUGGCUUGUUUUUUAGCCUUUGUGCUAAGCUGGGCUAAACAUCCCGGACCAAUCUCUAUGUUAACCACAUGGAGACGAUACUGGUUUCAAUCUUCUCGUCUCAUCAAACAAGAGGAUUUUAAAAAUGUCCUUUUAGAUGACCAUCAUCUCACGGAGGCGGAGAGAAUAUUUUGACAAUAAGCAGCAUAUAGCUGUCAUGUCAGUCAUCCAAAGUGAAUUCUUACUUGUGCCGUGUGUGUUUUAUGCAUACAGCUGUGGUGAUUGUAUUCUUCUUUUCUCAUCUGACUUUGAAAAUUUGACGUGCACAUUUGCCUUAUGUUGGAUUCAUUUGUGGUCUUAAGUUCUUGAAAACACAGGGAAAGUUCAGUUCUGUGUUGAAGUGUACUGUCAAAGAAAUAAAAUGUUCUACAAUUUUCUUACACAGGGUUUUCUCUUUUCGAGUUUGGUUUGCGACCAAAGACCCUGUAAGUUCUGUAUACGUGCAUAUAGUUGCACAGGUUUAAAUGGGAACAGAACACAUAGAGCCAAGUUUGAGACAUGACCCAGUUAACAACAACAGGUAAUUUGUUUAAAUGGGAUGCAAAGUAACAAUGUAUUUUAGUAUUUUUUAUUUUUUUUUCAAGCAGCUCUGCAACAUAGGACAUUGAACUCCUCUGCAGUACUUCUUCAAGGAAAACCAACAACCUGUCUCCCUUCUGUCCCCUACCAGAGUUCAGCUGUAGUUACUAGCUGUUGUGAUAACAUAGCAAAACAUAUUCACCCUCUGAAUAUGAAUAUGCAUGCAUGUUUUCCCAUUGACAUUUCACACCUGUCAGACAACAGCAUUAAUAACUUUUCUUUGUUGUUGUAAUUUGCUAAAAAAAACAAGCAGAAACUACAGAUUUCCCACUUUAGGAUUAUUUAAUCAUAAAAGUGGAGUGAAGUUCCAUUUACGAGGUUUGUUUUCUUGUUUUUUAAGGAUUCAGCGCUCAGAUAAGCACAUUGGAAUUGGCCAUCCUGAUUUAUUUUUACUCCCUUCUUUAUGAUUAUGGCUCUACUUGAGAUUCCCAAUGAGGAUCUAAUUUAGUCUUCAUUUCGCAUGUUGCAUUAGUUUUUUUUCUUGUGGUGCAACUCAAAAACAGAAGUGAAGUGCUUCUUUUAGAAAGUGUCAUUUCUAUUUAUUUCUGAGGAAAAGAGCGGCUUACAACACUAACGAAACUUGAAAUGUGAACUAUAAUGACUUUCAAACUGGAGCUAGCAAAGAGCUAAUAUUCAAGCUAGCUGUACAUCAAAAUGUCCAAUAUUAUCCCCUUUAAAUCUCCAUUCUCCACUACCGCCCCUCCUCACUCGCGAGCAUGACACUCCCUCCUCACUCACUCGCACACUCGUUCCCUCCCCUCCUCUCUCUAACUUCGUUUCGUCCCUAAAAACUAACUUUUCAACCGUAUUGAUAACUUGUCCUCAAAUCCCCGCUGUGACGAAGAAGAAAUGACUGUUAAGACGAGGGGGAAACGGAUUAGCGAGCACCGCUUCUGACAGCUGAGCUCCUUCGGCCACAGUCCCCCCGCCUGAUGAGACGAUGAGAACCCACACCCGCGGGGCCCCCACAGUCUUCUUCCUAAGCCUGCUGUGGCCCCUGCUCGCCCCUGUGGUGGCGGAAGUGGACCCCAGCGGAGGAAUCCCCUUCAUGGGGGGCAACUACAACGGUCACCCCAUGCUGUACUUCAACCGGGGGGACGUGGAGGAGCUGCAGUAUGCGGCCGCGGGGACUCACCGGGACAUGUCGAGGAGGAUCCGUGACGCGGGCGAAACCAUGCUGGAGCACCCGGAGAUGUACCUGCCCCCCUGGAGCCCCGCAGAGUUCAGCGCCCGCUGGAACGAGGUGUACGGAAACAACCUGGGCGUACUGUCCAUGUUCUGCAUGCUGUACCCGCACAGGGCGGGGGCCCUCGACCUGGCCAAGGACUACAUGGAGAGGAUGGCGGCUCAGCCUAGUUGGUUGGUUAAAGACGCCCCCUGGGAUGAAGUUCCUGUGGCGCACUCUUUGGUCGGGUUCGCCACCGCUUACGACUUCCUGUACGAGUACUUGAACAAGGGUCAACAGGAGCGGUUCCUCCAGGUGAUCGGCAACGUGUCGCGCCUGAUGUAUGAGAAGUCCUACGUCCGGGGCUGGGGGUUCCAGUACCUGCACAACCACCAGCCCACCAACUGCGUGGCGCUGCUCACGGGAAGCCUGGUUUACAUGACCCAAGGUUACCUCCAGGAGGCCUACCUGUGGACCAAGCAGGUCCUGUCCAUUAUGGAGAAGUCCAUGGUCCUCCUGCAGGACGUGACGGACGGCUCCCUGUAUGAAGGCGUGGCCUACGGGACGUACACCACCCGCUCUCUGUUCCAGUACAUGUUCCUGGUGCAGCGCCACUUCGCCAUCAGCCACUUCGACCACCCCUGGCUCCUCAAACACUUCGCCUUCCUGUACAGGACCAUCCUGCCGGGCUUUCAGAGGACCGUGGCCAUCGCAGACUCCAACUACAACUGGUUCUAUGGGCCGGAGAGCCAGCUGGUCUUCUUGGAUCGCUACGUGUUGCGUAACGGCAGUGGAAACUGGCUGGCAGAUCUGAUUCAUCAAAACAGGGUGACGGAGGGGCCAGGGCAGGCUGGAAAAGGCCAGCGAUGGUGUACUCUUCACACUGAGUUCAUCUGGUAUGACCCGGGACUGAUUGCUAAGCCUCCGUCAGACUUUGGAACGUCCCAACUCCACCACUUUGAGGAUUGGGGCGUGGUGACGUACGGCAGUGCUCUACCCGCAGACACCAACCGCACCUUUCUCUCCUUCAAGUCCGGGAAGCUGGGGGGGCGCGCCAUCUUUGACAUCGUUCACAGGAGCAAGUACAAAGAGUGGAUCAAAGGGUGGAGGAACUUCAACGCCGGCCACGAGCACCCGGAUCAGAACACGUUCACGUUUGCGCCCAACGGCGUCCCGUUCAUCACCGAGGCGCUGUACGGACCCAAGUACACUUUGUUGAACAAUGCGGUGUUGUUCAGCUCCACGGUCUCAGGGAGCUGCUUUAAGCCGUGGGCUGGACAGGUAACGGAAGCCUGCGAUUCCAAGUGGCUGAAGUACAAGGUGGGGCUGGCGGCCGACGCCCAGGGCAAAGUGGAAGCCGCGAUGGAGAGACAGGGAAUGGUCUUCAUCCGUGGCGAGGGACAGUCCGCUUAUAACCCGGAGCUGAAGAUCAGGAACUUCCAGAGAAACCUGCUCCUUCUUCACCCGCAGCUCCUGCUCCUCGUGGAUCACAUCCACCUGCAUCCAAACAGCCCGACCCGGGCCAUGAGCGCCUUCUUUCACAACACGGAUCUCCCGUUCCAGGGUACAAAAAUAGACGGCGUUCACGGAGCGUUUGUGUCACACGGCGAGGAUAAGUACAAGAUGUUUUGGCUGGACGACACAGGCUACAGCAACAAAGGAGUGGUAGGUUAUUGGAAUUACCCCCAAGGGUACCCGUACAAUGGCUCCAACUAUGUGAACGUCACAAUGCCGUUGAGGUACCCUCACACCAGGGUGGCCUACAUUUUCUUCGGGCCAGGCGUGGACGUACAGAGCUUCAGCCUGCGCGGCGACGACCAGAGGGUGGACAUUUACCUGGCCACCAAGGACCACACGUACACAAUCUACCUGCUGACCGGGGAGCUCAUCAGCAAGCCCCUGUUCGCCAUGGUGCUGCUGGACCACAAGAAGGUCGUGUUCGAGAAGGCGGCGGCGGGCGCGGAGGACAGCUCGCCCGACGAGGUGGAGGAAUACGUCAACGUGAUGGAGGACAACCUCCAGCACGUCAAGCCCGUCUUCCAGCAGAUGGAGAGACACAUCCUAGGACAGGUCCUCAACACCGCCAGCUUCCACAAGACCGCGGAGCGCCUCCUCCAGUUCUCCGAUAAGAAGAAGACGGAGGAGGUGAUAGAGAAGAUGUUCACCAUGUCGAAGAAGCAGGGCAAGGGCAAAGGGGGGAAGAAAGUGAACCUCGGGGAGAAGCUUUCAGAGAGUCUGCCCGACAUUUUUGCACAGAUUGAGGUGAAUGAGAAAAAGGUGCGCCAGAGGACUUCAAAGCGUACGUACGAAGACAGUCCAGAGGAGGGAGAGGGGGCCUUCAUGGAUUAUGCAGACGGCCGCAAAAACAGAAAGGGGGCCUUUGUCAAGGGCCGUAAAUUCAAGGAGGUUCACAUGGUGGCCACGGCCGGGAGCGAGGGUCUCUCCAGCAUCGCCUCCUACAUACGACUCUUCCUCCUCCUGAACACCGCCACCUUCUUUCUGCUGCUGGCCAUGUUACUGACCCGCUUCCAGAGGGGUCGGAGUUUGAACACGCAGAGGUGUUUCUACACCAUCCUUCUGAUGGACUGCUUCAUCUUACUGUACCUCUACUUGUCAUGCUCUCACACAGAGUGUUGACGUCACCGCGGUGGGAGGGGGGGAGGGGGGGUUCCGUCCAGACUGCAGAACGAACGACGUGUUGUUCACGGGUUUGAAGUAAACGCUGCACCCCAGAACCUCGGUCCGAGCCGGAUCUUACGACACAAUGUUAGGGCCAGUUUUAGAAAACAAAGGAAAAAUAUCUGAGAUUUCAAGAAUAAAUGUUUUAAAUAUUUUGAGAAUAAAAGGUCAUGUUGUAAGAAUAAAGAAAAAAAAAGAAGUCACAAUAUUCCAUCAGUAAAGCCUUAAUGGUGUGAGAUUCUCAUUUGCUCUUGCUCAGCUUUAACUAAGUUAGGGCUGCGACUGGGCUGAAAAUCUAGGUUUCAUCUAUGAACACAAAAUAGACAUUUUAACUUGACAUUUCCUAAAAAUUACGAUUUCAUUUUCAUAAUAUUAUGCAUUUUAUUCUAAGAAUAUUAUGUCUUUUCUUCUCAUAAUAUCUUUUAUUUGAAUAAUAUUUUUUUUUUCCUCCACAAUUACGACUUUAUAGUACUAUUAUGAUUUCUUUAUUACUUGUUUUUUUUGCUCUCAUAAUCUUCUAGAAUUUACCACUCCUACUAUCACUUUUUCUAUUAUUUUUAUAAAACACAAAAUCGCAAAUUUGCCUCAGGAUAGUAAUCUAUAAAAUGACAACUUCAUUCUCAUAAUAUUAUGACUUUUUCUAGAAAUCACAACUGUAUUCUCACAACAUUCUGACUCCUCCCCCCAGAAUAUUCUAAGUGUGUCCUUGAAAUCUUUUUUUUUUUUUAACUGUGGACCAAAUACUCGUGAGAUCUACCGAAUGGGUAACAGGAAAAGCAAGUGAUUCCAAAUAGGAAUUGAUGAAUUGCCGAGAUGAAACCAGACCUCUGAUGUAACGAGCUUCUGUGGAGCUUUGGAACCGAGUCUUGAGUGAAGUUUGUUCCUGUGUUGUGUUCAGAGGCCUCGUGUCAAACUCAGCCACUACGAUACAGUCAACACAUCUCUGCUCGACAUUUGUCUACAUCGUUCAUGGAAAGACAUUUAAAUGUGAAAGCGCGAUAUAUUUUUAUGGUGUUUUUGUUUUUUACUUGCUAUUGUAAAUAUAAUUACUACAUGCAUAGGUUUCAUUGUGUGUUGUGUCUAGUAGUAAAUGGUAGCCAAGACAGCUCAACGCACUGCAACUUAAACAGACACAUAAAGAAAAGAUCUUCACGCCUUUGACACAUUGCAUUUAGAAAAAAACACAUUGGAAGUCUAACUAUGAAUCCAGAAAACACAAGAUAAAUACAGAAUAACUGCAAGUCCACCAGGACACGACGAAAAACCGUUUCAUUGUUUUAAGAAUGCUCAGUCAAUUUCAAAGACAGCUGGUCGCGUUCAACGUCCUUCUCAAACAGGAGGAGAGUUGUUGGGGACUAUUUUCGGUGGUGGAUUGAUACACAUUCCCAAAGACCCACAGGUGGGUCGCAGAAGAUUUUCAUCCGCAGUCUUUUAUUUAACAUUUAUAUCUGCCGUACGUCUUUGAGCCACAUGAGAGAUGCCGGAAUGUUUGUGUUCUGAUAAUCGAAGCCUAAUUAUAAAAUUGAGUGUAUUAUGAAAGGCUAGUGUACAUGCUGUUUGCUUUACAGAUGAGAGGAAAUGAAAAGAAUGAGUCUGUUAACUCCACCUGAAGGCAUUUAUUUGGUCUCAUUUCUAAAGUACAUACCUUGUUUUUUAAAUUGUAGCAUGUUGAGGUGUCAUGGCCACCAUAAUAUGUGGUGUCAUAGUAAAAGGUAUACUGUAAGAGAAUGUGGUUAUCAAGCACGGCUCAUCAGCCAUUCAAUAGCCAAAACAUUAAAUAAAAAAUGUGUUCUCCAAAUGUAGAGAACCUGUUUUCAGACAAACACAGUGGAAGGUUUUAUUUGUUUCAUGUUGAUGCUGAUAGACAUCUGUUUUAACUCUACAAGUCAACAGUCUAGACACUCGACUCCUCCUUCCCUUCAAGCCUCACAUGAAUCAACGUGUCUCGGAGCCGUGUUUUUUUUGUUUCGUUUCAAAUCCACCGUCUCAACGCAGCAAAUAAGUUGGAUUAAAAACAUGCAAACAUCAGGGAUCAGUACUGAGUUUUAUUAUCAAUGGAAUAAAUUUAAAAAUAAAAAGCACUUUUUUUGAUGACAAU